GUCCAUAAUAGUUAUUCGAGAGGAAUCGAAAGAUAUUGUCAUCAGAUCAAUCAUGGCUGUGGAUCUGGAUGUGGUGAACUUGUUUGUCAUUGCUGGUGGAACAUUGGCCAUUCCCAUUUUGGUUUUUGUCGCCUCUUUUUUUCUCUGGCCCUCAGCCCUCAUCAAAGUUUACUACUGGUACUGGAGGAGGACCCUGGGCCUGCAGGUGCGUCAUGCAGAAUGUGGAGGUUACCGCUUCUGCUACUCCUACAGAGGGAAGCCAGGCACCAGACCAUCACUCCUAAUGCUGCAUGACUUCUCGGCUCACAAAGACACAUGGCUCACCGUGCUCAAGUAUCUGCCCAAACACCUGCACAUACUCUGUGUGGAUAUGCCUGGCCAUGAGGGAACCACACGCACCAAUGCAGAGGACUACUCCAUCCAGGGCCAGGUUAGAAGGAUACAUCAGUUUGUGGAGACAAUUCGCCUGAACAGGAAGCCCUUUCAUCUGGUUGGAACCUCAAUGGGGGGCAAUGUGGCUGGGGUGUAUGCUGCCUGUUACCCCUCAGACAUCUGUUACAUUACUCUCAUCUGUCCUGCUGGUAUACGGUACCCCAGUGAGACCAAAUUUGACAAUCAUCUCCAGGACCUUGAGCACAGUCAAUAUAGUCUGGGCAACCCUCUGAUUCCAUCCACACCUGAGGAUAUGGAGGACAUGCUCAGACUGUGCUCACACGUCCGCUUCAAGAUCCCACAACAGAUUCUUCAGGGAUUGGUGGAUGUUCGGCUUCCACAUAAUGACUUUUAUCAUGAAGUUUUUAUGGAGAUUGUUGGUGAGAACUCCAGGUAUGCCUUACAGGAACAUUUGCAUCUCAUCACUGCACCUUUGCAAGUGAUAUGGGGAACACGGGAUCAGGUGGUGGAUGUGUCUGGAGCUGCUGUGCUUGCAGAGGCCUUGACAGGGCCUUGCAGAGUGGACGUACUGGAGAACUGUGGCCACUCGGUCGUCAUGGAGAGGCCUCGUAGGACAGCCAAACUCAUCAUGGAGUUCAUCAUCUCCCAAGGCACCAGUGGCAGCACCAAGAAACACUCAUGAGAACCAAUGUGGUGACAUGAAAGUAAUUGGCUUGUUUCAUCCUCUGUUAGAUUUUAAGUUGUU